CUACAUGUUGACAAUCUGACUCUCUGCACGGACGGAACGGUACUUGAGAGCCGCCGUUGCCAAGCCCCGCUCUCGCUUAGGCGUCAACAAUUUCUCGCUUAAGCCCCGGCGCCGUUCCGACAUCGCAGGUAGGCUCAGGCAUAAGUCGGUGGUUCAAUAGCCAAUGCCGACCGACCCACCGGUCUUCAUUCUCACCAACAUCCAAAUAUACAAAACACCAUUAUGCCUUUCGAGUCGCCAAGACAUGGCUUGGGCGGGCGUCGGUGGCUGGCGGUCCGCAUGCUUGUGCAGGUACGAGAUAGUUGGCGCUCUGGGCAGCGGAGGAAAGUCCCAUAUCUUUCUCCAUAUGUUUCCCAUACCUACGUACAGAGCCGCAGGAAUAGACCUCAUCUCUCGUCAGCAAAACUCUGGGCCAUAUUUUCUUUUCUCUGCGGCCGUCCAUUCCUCCCGUUGUCCUACCCAACUCGCUCAUAACACCGACGUGCUUUGCCCUAGAAGUGUUCUUCUAUCCGUGAGGCUAUUGCUCUUAUCUGCAUCUUUCCACAACUAUCCAGGAUGGCAUCCAUCAAUGAUGGCCCAAAGGUACCAAUUACAAAUUGGUACGACUACGAGCCUCAGCUGGCGCCCGCCAUUGUGUUCGGCAUCCUGUACACCGUGGCGUUUGCUGUGACGGCCUACCAGUUUUUCAGAUACAAGACUUGGUUCUGGAUUUGUAUGGUGAUUGGAGCGUUGAUGGAAGCAAUUGGUUAUGUGGGUCACAUAUUUUCAGUUGCGGAGGAGGGGGACAAAGGACUUUACAUCCUUCAGUUUGUCAUGAUAUUCAUUGCACCCGCAGUUAUGGCUGCUGCGUGCUACAUGGCUACGGGACGAAUUGCACUUCAUGCUACUCCAAAGGAAUAUCAAACAGUAAAGCAUCUCUGGAUCCCACCACGCUACAUGACACCGCUCUUUGUGACUUGUGAUGUUGGUGCUUUCGUGACUCAAGUCAUGGGUGGAUCCGACAGCACCGACUCUGACCGGGAGAAAGCCAAAAACGGACUCGAGAUCAUGAAGAUUGGUCUCAUCAUCCAACUCGUCUGUUUUGGGUUCUUCCUGGUUAUAUCGAUACGAUUUCACUCAGUGGCAAAGAGGUUCGAGCAGCACUGGCCUGACAAGCAGUGGCCUAAAUUCUUGUGGGCAAUCAACAUCGCUGGAAUGUUCAUUUUCAUUCGUUGUAUCUACCGCCUGAUCGAGUUCUCCACCGGUCAGGACGGAUACCUCGUCACUCACGAAUGGAACUUCUACGUCUUCGAGACCUCCUUUAUCCUCCCUGUCUUCUUCAUUUUCAACUGGUACCACCCAUCUCGGUACCUCACCAACGUCGGAUUCCGGCAAGAACGCCCAGACAGCCAAGAACUUCGCGACCUCAAGUGGUACAGCCCGGCAAAGUACAUCCCAGCUCUGCGGAAGUCACGCAACGAACGGAAGGAGACGCGGGCGGGCGUAGCGCUGGAAUCUGGUCUUGGGUGGGAGGCGUCGAAUGAGGGUACAGCUAUCCCCGCGAAAGAAGCGGCGAAGACAGAGAGUUCAUCUGUCUGAGACAUUCCGAUUUUGUGUCGGUAAAUUAGAUGGCCAUCAUCUCAAAGUUCCAGGUACGAAACCAGGAUAUAACCGGCUCCAUGAAUAGAUGCUAUUUUGAAAGGACAGUAUAUCAGGGGAGAAGGCAUUUUGUAAGAUGAUUGGAGUGUUUGAAAAUCAUUGAAUUUGGUUUUGAUUUUCAAGCAUGUUGCAUAAUUUGAUCUAGAGGUUAUCCCUAGAGUUAUUACAUUCUGAGUUUUCUGUGGAUCAUUUGAAGCGAGAUACCAAAGGUUGCUAAGGUAGUUGUGUUUAUCGAGAUAUUUGAACUAAACUGUCUUGUAUAAAAAGCCCUGUUUGGUUUUCGAGCUAAUCGGUAAAAUGAUUCAUUUUGUUUUUCUCUUAGAGUAGUAUACUACAAAUCAUUCUGAGAUGUACUCAGAACAGCUUGUGUACUUUUCCGAAAUCUAUCAAUGGAACAAGAAAUAGCAUUUUUUGGAUUCAAUCACCUCAACGCUCUCGCCGUUUCUGAACUGCAAAAUUGAAAUGUUCAA